AUGGUUCCUAAUAAAGGUCGUGCUACACCGCGUGUCGUGUGCUGUGCUAUACCCAUUUCACGAGCUGCUGGCAAAGUACUCGUCGUCACUAGUCGAAAACGCCCCAAUAAUUGGGUCUUGCCAAAGGGUGGUUGGGAGACGUCGGAUGUGCAGUUGGAAGCCGCAGCCUCCAGGGAGGCUCUGGAAGAAGCGGGUGUGCGUGGUACAAUCACACGUUAUGUCAUCACAAUACCGACUCCGUCGGCUAUAUAUCAUUUCUACGAGCUCGAUGUUGUAGGCCUCGAUCAGGAUUGGCUCGAACGUAACGAACGACGCCGAGAAUGGGUCGAUUAUGCCGAAGCCGUCAAGCGUCUUGAGUGGAAGGCUGAACUAGCCCAAGGUCUUCGAUCCUCGUCAAUCGCCCAUUGA